UUGGAUAUGAACACAGGCUUUCUGGCUAUACUCUUAAGCUCCAUGUUAUACUGGCCGUCUGUAAGAGUUCCUUCUGCGUGAUAUAAUGGAAAAAGUAAAAGAGAUUGUGCAUUCAGGGGAUUCCACUUCAAACAAGAAAUAUUUACGUAGUAGCCUAAAGAAUGAGUAUAAGUUGCCCAGAGAAGAAGGGGAACGGUUCUGUAACACUUUAGGUGGGAAUGAGCCUGACCUGUCAAAAAACUCAGAAAAGGCUAGUAGUGAAUAUGGGUAAAGUGAUCUGUGAGACAAGAAUGAGGCCAGGAACCAAAUUGUGAAGAUUCAUCUCGACCAUCUUAAAGAAUCUGAAUAUUCCUUAAGUGUGAUGGAAGGCCUUUGGCAGCUUUUAAGUAUGCAAAUGAGAUGCUUUUAUUAAAUCUUAUAACAAUAUAAAGGGAUAAACCUGAAUGUAAAGGUGAAAUUAGCAGAAUCUAGAAGAGAGAUGACAGUGGUUUGCAUUACCUGGUGAAAAUUUUAAAAAGUUAGAAGGUAGUUAACAUAUAUUUUUGCAUUCAAAUUUACCAGUUUGGUGAUCAGUUAGGUACUGAGGAUGAGGGAGAUGAAGGUGCCAAGGAAAUGUGCCAGAUCUUUUAUACAACAAACUGGUAGAUCAAAAGUGCUAUUCACUAACAUAUGGAAAAAGAGGAACACUCUUACUUCAUUCUGACAUUAGCCAGUAGACAGAUUUAUAGGUGAACUCUCUGACCAAGUAACUAGCUUUAAUGAGAAUCAUAGUGCCACACAACUUUAGAACCAUAUCUUUUCAAAACUCUGACAUUUACUUAUAAGUGAAUGCUCCAAGGUCACUUAGACAAAAAAUGUAGUUAUGACCUCAUCACCGUGAAAGAAACUGCAACAAAUACCAGCUUAUCUGGCUGGAAUAUUUUCUAUCCAUUUAUUUUUUCCAUUAUUAACAGAAGCUCCCUCCCUUUGUUUAUUUUUGUAUGUCAUUAAAUCACCUAGUCUGUGCUGACAAGUAAUUUUUUCUUUUUCUUCCCUUCUCCUAUUCCUCUUUCUUUUCCUUCUUCUCCUCUUCCUUCCCCUCUCCUUCUUCCUCCUCCUCCUCCUCCUUUUUCUUCUCAAUUUAGGAUUUAUGUAUUAAAGGACUAUGGGCCAAAACAAUUAUACUUCUCUACAUGGUUUUAUUCUGCUGGGUUUCUCUGAUAAUCCCAAGCUGGAGAUGAUGCUGUCAGGAGUUGUCACCAUCUUCUACUUAAUUACCUUGGUAGGUAACACAGCCAUCAUUGUUGCAUCUCUCCUGGAUUCCCAUCUGCACACACCAAUGUAUUUUUUCCUCAGGAAUUUAUCUUUCCUAGACCUGUGUUUCACCACCAUCAUACCUCAGAUUCUGGUUAACUUGUGGGGACUUAAUAAGACCAUCACCUUUGUGGGCUGUGUCAUUCAACUCUAUGUUUAUAUGUGGUUGGGCUCCACUGAGUGCCUUCUCCUGGCUGUUAUGUCCUAUGAUCGUUUUAUAGCUAUUUGUAAACCCUUGCAUUAUUUGGUAAUCAUGAACCCACAUCUAUGCCUCAAGAUGAUUAUCAUGGUCUGGGGUGUUAGUUUGGCCUGUUCUCUAGUAUUAUGUACACUUACCAUGAAUUUACCUAGAUGUGGAAACAACAUUUUAAAUCAUUUCUCAUGUGAAAUGCCAGCUAUGAUCAAGAUAGCAUGCGUAGACACAAAAGCAGUUGAAAUGUCUGUUUUUGCUUUAGGUAUUGUCUUUGUCCUUAUGCCCCUCUUCCUUAUUCUUAUAUCCUAUGGUUACAUUGCCCAAGCUGUGCUUAGAAUGAAGUCCAAAGCAGGCCAACGAAAAGCAAUUAAUACCUGUGGAUCUCAUCUCACUGUGGUGUCCAUCUUCUAUGGAACCAUCAUCUACACGUACCUGCAGCCAGGUAACAGCACCUCCAAAGACCAGGGCAAGUUCCUCAUGCUCUUUUACACCAUCAUCACUCCAAGUCUCAACCCCCUCAUCUACACCUUGAGGAAUAAAGACAUGAAGGAUGCACUGAAGAAACUCAUAAGAGUUGCUUAUGAAUCUACAAAAAUGAAGAGGAAAUAA